AUGUCUCAGUACAUUGGUAAGACAAUUUCUUUGAUUUCUAACAAGGGACUCAGAUACGUUGGUUUAUUGGACAAUAUAAAUGGAGAUGAUGCAACCGUGGCAUUGAAGUCUGUUAGACCUUUUGGAUCUGAAGGUAGAAUGGCCUUAGCUGGAAAUCCACAUUUGGAAAUACCUCCUUCAAAGGAUAUUCAUGAUUAUGUUGUUUUCAGAGGCAGUGAUGUUAAGGACUUGAGUGUUUUAGAUAUUCCAAUUGACCAAGUUAAACCAGAACCUUAUAUUCCCCAAUAUCAACAAAUUGUUCCUCAAACAACGGCCUCUCCAACUCAGGCUGCUCCUCAACAAUAUGAACAGUCUACAAUGGCCUCGGCUAAUGAACCAACUACUACUUCAACUGGUUCUACUACUGAAAGAAGUGCUCCAACUGUGACUCGCACUGCUGAAAGUGAUUCCCAAGUAACUUCUGCGGUUCCUGGUCAAUAUGCCCCUCUGGUCCCUACUCCUACUUCCUCCCAUGAUCCUCGCCAACACCAAGCUGCUCCUACUCCUUCUACUUCAGCAACAAGUACCGAGAAGGAAUCUCAAACUGCCACAAGCUCUCAGUAUCCUCCACAAUCCCAACCUGGAUCUUUACCCCAACCUGGUGCUACUCAAAAACCAAGAUCUAACAGACCGGUUAAUGCUCAACCACGUCCAACUCCAACAGCUUUUACUUCUGAAGGACUGUUUACAUCUGACUUCGAUUUUGAAGGAGCCAAUGCCCGUUUCUCAAAGGAAAUCCAAGAAGAAAAGGAAAAACAACAUCAGGCAGCUUACAACAAGAGUUCAUCAUUCUUCGACUCUUUAUCUUCCGGUACAAAUAAUUCACGCGCUCCAAAAUGGAACGAUGAUGAUAAUUCAAGAAAUAGAGGCGGAUAUCGUGGUCGCGGUGGUCGUGGUGGCAGAGGUGGAAGAGGCGGUCGCGGUGGACGUGGUGGUUAUAGAAACGAAUACAACAACAAGCCAGAAUGGGCAUAA